AUGCCCUACCUCUUCCGCGCCUACAGCGCCCAGUCCCAAGGCAUAAACACACCCACGCUCUUCGCCCCCGCCGCAGCCACCACCCCCACCACCAACAACCACCACCUCCCCCUCACAACCUACACUCCCCCACCCCUCUCAUCUCAAGACCUCGGCCCCACCCUCCAAAAAGCCCUCGCCUGGAACAAAACUCUCUCAAGCCCCUUCACCUUCUGGACCGCCUCCCUCCUCUUUGCGGUACAGGUCGCUAGGACCCGGCAGAAGAAAGGCGAGGACGAUGUGCGCAUCACCGCGCAGGAGGUGCAGUCUGUUAAGACUCCUGCUGGGAAGGACGUCACGUUCACGUCCGUGUCGAAAAUGUUGGGGGAAUGUGGGAUUCGGCUGGAGAGGGCCAAUGGCGAGGAGAAGGAUUACAGGGAGGUUUUUGUUUCGAUGGAUGUGCUCGUUGUUCCUGCUGGUGGGGCGGGGAGUCGGACGGUGGGCAUUGAGGGGUUGGAGGAGAGGGGGUUGUAUCGGUCGUAUCCUGUGUUGGAGUGGGGGUUUGAGAGGGAGGAUGGAAGGACGAGGUUGAAUCGGGGGACGGAGCGGGUGAGGAGGUGGCAUUUUUGGGGGGAGCAGGGGUUGACGGUGGGGAGGUUGGGGAUUGCGGUGGGGUUGGCGGCGAUGUUUGUUCCGGUGGGGGGAGAGGGGGAGGGGGAGGAUGUUGAUUUGACUAUUCUGGCCCAUCUGUUGGCGUUUCGGAAGAGGUCUGUCGGGGAUCCUGUUCUGCUGCAGUGGAUUGAACAGAAUACGGCCAAGGUCGUGCAGCUGGAAGAUGACGACGAGGAGAGAGCGACGGCGUUUGACAAGGUGUUCGAAGCGGUCGAUCUGGAAGAGGUCAAGCAGUUCUUCGAGCUGCAGAAGUUGUUCAAGAACAGGAAGAUCUCGAGUCAAGCUCUUGACUUGACAGCGACUGGGGGCGUCGGUCAGAGUGAGAUCGAUGCUGAAAUGGCAGACUGGAGGCGAUGGGAAGACCAGCAAAGGCAGGAGUUUCGAGCGAAGAAGGAAGCUCGAGCGGGCUAUGAUCCCAAUUCCACGCGUCGCGAACCAAGAUUUUCGCAGAGCAGUCCAGACAGCCCCAGCGACAGCAGCACGCGAGAUGCUGCAUACGCGGCGCGGAGAGCAUCCAGACCAUGGAUUCCUCGAGAGCAGUACAUCGAACAGAGGAACAACCGAGCGCAGAAAGGCCGAAGAGAACACCUCGCAAACACUACCAGGGCUUCUGAAAGAGUUUGGCAGCCGAGAGGUGUGGACAAGACGAAGAGGUACGGCAGGGCGGACUCGAGGCGAACAAGACGAUCACCAGCUCGUGGUGGUUGA